AUGCUGCUGUUCCGCACGCCCGGCUGUCCUGGGCCUCCCUCUUCGGCCGGCUGCCUGCAAACUAAGCCGCCCCCUCUUUUCGGAUUUUCUGUCCUUGAUAAGGCGCGAUGGGAACAGCCCACACCCCCAAGUGCAGACACCUCCAGCCUGCAAAACAAAAAACCCUCUAUUAGCAAACAGAGUUCAAGCUCGGACAACAGAGCAGCCCACCCUCCUCCGCUUGGCCCUCCCCUGCAUCCGUCUACCAGGUGCCAGCAGCUCCAGCCAACAAUGUAUCCAUCCCCCGUGCCUGCGUUCCACCGGGACCGGUUCUCGAUCUUCUCGCACUCGCUGGGCGACCAUUCGGCGCACCGGCUGCCCUACAAGCUGACCGCCGCGGCCUUCGCCGGCUUCCCGGCCGUCGAGGUCUCGCUCAUCGACCUGGAGGACCAUGCGGCAAAGAAGGCCUGUGGGCUCGUCGAGGCCGCCCACGAGAUCGGCGAGCUCUGUCGGGCCCUCGGCCUCCGCGUCACCUGCAUCCAGCCCCUGCGGGACGUGGUCGAGUCCCGCAGGCCCGCCGCCGACGGCGCCAGUAAGGCCAUCUCCCUCUUCCCCGUCAUGGACGCCCUCAACACCGAGCUGCUCCUCGUCUGCUCCUCCUCCCUGCCCGCCGACCAGCUCGACCCCUCCACACAAACCGCCGUCGACCAUCUCAGGGCUAUCGGAGUCGCCGCCGCUAACUGGACGCCCAGCCCUAAGAAGGUCGCCUUCGAAGCCCUCUCCUGGGGCACUCACAUCAACCUGUGGCGCCAGGCGUGGGACAUCGUCCAGGCUGUCGACAUGGAAAACGUCGGGAUUUGUCUGGACUCCUUUAACACCCUGGCUCGUGAGUGGGCCGACCCAACGGUCCCGGGAGGCAUCCAAGCGAAUGCGGAGACCGACCUGCGCAAGUCGAUGAGUGAGCUGAGCCAACUGCCGGGCACGAAGAUCUUCCUCCUGCAGAUCGGGGACGGGGCUCGACUAGCGACGCCGCUGGAGCGCGGGACGGCGGAGAAGCCGGCGCUGAUGACCUGGUCGCGCUCCUCGCGGCUGUUCCCGAUGGAGUUCGACCGGGGCGGGUAUCUGCCCGUGCCGGCGUUCAUCGAGGCCGUCGUCCGGACCGGCUACUCCGGGCCCUGGAGCCUCGAGAUCUUCAACAGCUCCCUGCGUGCACGCGCGGAUCCCACCCCGAUCACCCACGCCCUCCGCGGCUUCCUCGGCCUCUCCAAGCUCGUCAAAUCCAUCUUCACCCCCCACCACCACCACCACCAUCAUCACAAUCCGAUCGACGAGCACGUCCCCGCCGAAACCCUUCACAGCCCAUCCUCCCUCCACCUCAUCUCCACCAUCCGUCCCUACGCCCAGUUCAAGCCCGCCUUCCACAGACCCAAUCUCAGCUUCUGCGCCAGCGACGCCAGCUCGCUCGAGCUCAACCAGCCCUGCUCGCCCCCCGCUACCUCCGAGCCCGACCACUUCGCCCACACCACGGCUAUCAGCUCGAGCCCCGGCAAACUCUGCUACAAUGACGAGCACGUGCCCGACUGUCAGACCGUCGACUCCCAUCCACAGAUCUCUGCCUCCACUCGCCCGCUUCAUCUGUGUUGA